AUGUCGGACGAUGAUGACUUCAUGCAAGACUCUGGCGAUGAAGAAUAUGACUUCGAAUACGAGGAUGCAGAUGAAGAUGAAUCUGGAGACGUUGGCAUCGAGAACAAAUACUAUAAUGCAAAGCAGAUCAAAGCGGAUAAUCCGGAAGAGGCUAUAGAUGAAUUUCUGGGCGUACCGGCUCUGGAGCCGGAGAAAGGAGACUGGGGAUUCAAAGGAUUGAAACAAGCCAUAAAACUUGAGUUCAAACUUGGCAGAUACGACGAUGCUAUCGAACACUAUCGAGAACUCCUAACAUACGUGAAAUCCGCCGUUACACGAAAUUACUCCGAGAAAUCGAUUAAUAAUAUGCUAGACUUUAUCGAGAAAGGCUCUGAUGACGAGAAGGCGUAUCAUUGCAUGGAGGAGUUCUAUCGGUUGACCCUCAAUUCUUUCCAGAGCACAAACAACGAGCGAUUAUGGUUAAAAACAAACAUCAAGCUUGCAAGACUCUGGCUUGAUCGCAAAGAGUACGGGCAGCUAAGCAAAAAACUUCGGGAGCUACAUCGCGCGUGCCAGCGGGAAGACGGUUCUGAUGAUCCGAGCAAAGGGACAUACUCUCUUGAAGUUUAUGCGUUGGAAAUCCAAAUGUAUGCUGAAACAAAGAACAACAAACGACUGAAAGCCCUUUACCAGCGGGCCCUCCGGGUGCGGUCUGCAGUUCCGCAUCCCAAAAUCAUGGGUAUCAUUCGAGAGUGUGGAGGGAAGAUGCAUAUGAGUGAAGAAAACUGGGAACAAGCGCAAAGUGAUUUCUUUGAGUCCUUCCGGAACUAUGACGAGGCGGGAUCAAUGCAGCGCAUUCAAGUGCUCAAGUAUCUUGUCUUGACGACCAUGCUCAUGAAGUCGGACAUUAACCCCUUCGACUCCCAAGAAACCAAGCCAUACAGGAACGAUCCCCGUAUUUCGGCCAUGACCGAUCUCGUGGAUGCCUUCCAGAGAGAUGACAUUCACUCAUAUGAAGAGAUCCUGAGGAAGAAUCCGGACGUUUUGGCCGAUCCGUUCAUUGCCGAGAAUAUCGAUGAGGUGAGCCGCAAUAUGCGGACCAAGGCUGUCCUCAAGCUCAUCGCGCCGUACACCCGUUUCACACUGAGCUUUAUAUCAAAGCAGAUCAAGAUAUCUAUUCCAGAGGUCCAGGACAUCCUGGGCUUUUUGAUCAUGGAUAAGAAACUGAACGCCAAGAUCGACCAAGAAAAUGGAACUGUUCUGGUGGAAAGUGCCAGCGACCUGGAGCGGUUGCGAGCUCUUCAGGAAUGGACAUCCUCUCUGAAGUCUCUCUGGCGUACAGCGUUGAACGACGGAGAAGGAUUCAAAGUCGACGAUGUCGCCCUUUCCCAGCUGGGCAGUACUGCCGCCUCUGCUGCUUAUCAACCUGGGUACGGAGACGAGGUGCGCGCAACGGGAGCCAAGGCUCGGGCUGGUUGGAAGGGAAGGCCAGGGUUGGGGAAGGCAGCUGCAGGUGGCUACUAA